AUGGCUCCCCUCAAGAGAAAGGGCAAUGGCCCCGAAGAGCCAGACUCUCGACAGCCACAGAAAAGAGUGAAGGUCACAGAUGGUGGGCAGCGCAAGGGUGCAAAGGGAGGGAAAAAGUCUCAGCCGGAGGAUUCAAGGGAUUCUCCGGAUCUACCUUCCAAGGCUCCGGCAGUUUCAGUUUUGCGAGAGGAGGAACCUGUGUUCCCUCGUGGUGGGGGGAACAUUUUAACCCCUCUCGAGCGAAAACAAAUCCAGAUUCAGGCAACUCGCGAUGUUCUUUUCGAGCAGAACGGAGCCGCUGGAGAACAAGAUGAUAAUAUGGAUGAAGCGGACGGAGGGCACAAGAAAUCUGGUAAAGCAUCUGGGGUUAAGUUCAAGAAAGUGAAGUCCAAGGCCAAGAAACAAGCAGCUUCUGAAGAUCCCACAAAGCAAGCUGUGCGCAUCGAAGGACUCAACUUCAAGCGCAUUGUUAUAGGCUCCAAGGUCCUUGGCCAAGUCUCUAGCAUCAAUGCCCAUGACAUUGGCCUGUCGCUGCCAAAUAAUUUAACUGGCUACGUUCCGCUCACUUCAAUCUCAAAAACAUUCCAGCAGAAAAUCGAGAAGCUCCUAAACAGCAACGAAGAUGAGAAUGAAGGAUCUGACGAUGGUGGCAGUGACGACGAGGAGGAUUUGGACUUGAAAUCGUAUUUUAAGCUUGGCCAGUACCUUCGAGCGUCCGUUACCGCGACAGAGAGCGAGACGAAAAAUCCUCAAACCAAGGGAAAAAAGCACAUCCAACUUUCAGUGGAUCCUCGAGAUGCCAAUUCUGGACUUUCUAAAUCUGAUAUGGUUGUCAAUACCACUGUGCAGGCGUCUGUGGUGAGUGUGGAGGAUCAUGGUCUGGUGAUGGACCUGGGCUUGGAUGACGGCCAAACGAAAGGGUUCAUGUCUUCGAAGGAAAUCCCCCCCGAUCUUGAGGUUUCUCAGAUAAAGGAAGGCUCGGUUUUUCUCUGUGUGGUUACCGGACACAAUGCGAAUGGCAGCGUCGUGAAGCUAUCUGCAAAUCUCCCAGCUGCUGGCUCCAUCAAAAAAUCACACUAUUUAACUUCCGCACCAACUAUUAAUUCCUUCCUCCCCGGAACCGCCGCAGAGAUUCUUUUAAAUGAAGUAACGUCGACGGGUAUGGCAGGCAAGAUCAUGGGAAUGCUAGACGCAGUCGUUGACCUAGUUCAGUCCGGUUCGACUACUGGAACAGAAGAUCUCACCACCAAAUAUCACGUUGGUGCAAAGAUUAAAGGGCGACUCAUCUGCACAUUUCCCACUGUCGAACCUUUGAAACUCGGGUUUUCCAUUCUCGAGCACGUUGUCAAGUUUUCUCCAACUGUUCUUGACCAAUAUUCCACCUCUGAGGAUAUCCCGGCCGUAUCCGCCAUCGUACCUGAAGCAAAAGUCACUAAAGUUGAACCCGGCUUGGGUGUCUACGUCCAAUUUAACAACAAGCUCUAUGGUUUUGUCCAUAUUUCCAGACUCUCGGAUGACAAGGUCGACAGUAUAUCUGCGACUAAAGGGCCCUACAAAGUUGACUCUACGCACGAGGCAAGAAUAGUUGGUUUCAGUGCUUUGGACAAUCUAUACCUUCUAUCCUUCGAAAGGAAAGUAAUUGACCAGCCUUUCCUUCGUCUUGAAGAUGUGGCAGUCGGCGCCGUUGUCAAAGGAAAGAUUGAGAAACUGUUAACUGGGCCUGAUGGUAUUGAUGGUCUUAUUGUUUCUCUUGCAGAUGGUAUUUCUGGUUUGGUUCCCAGAAUGCACCUGUCGGAUACUAAAUUACAGCACCCAGAAAGGAAGUUUCGCGAAGGAGCACAGGUUUCUGCUAGGAUCCUUUCCGUCAAUCUGGAGAAACGCCAGCUGCGACUUACUUUGAAAAAGUCAUUGCUGAAUAGCGAAUCUCCAGCUUGGAAAGAGUAUGGCGACAUUCUUCCAGGGAAUCAAUCACCGGGAACAAUUAUCAGCAUCCAUCCUCAUGGGGCAAUUGUUCAGUUUUAUGGGGAAGUCCGCGGUUUUCUCCCGGUCUCAGAAAUGAGCGAAGCAUACAUCAAAGACCCAUCUCAGCAUUUCAUCGUCGGGCAAGUUGUGAAUGUGCAUGCACUGACUGUUCACGCAGAGUUGAGAAAGUUGGUAGUCUCCUGCAAGGACCCGUCGACAUCCACAGAAACUUACAAAAAUGCGUUUGAGAAUAUCCAACCUGGAGAUCUUGUUUCUUGCACCGUCUUUGAAAAAUCAAAGGAAGAUAUACUCCUGAGACUGGAAGGUUCUGGGUUGGUCGCGAGGUUAAAUGCAGAACAUGUCACCGAUGGGCAAUCUUCUAAAAAUGGGAGUGCACUUGCUUGCAUCAGGGUCGGCCAGAAACUCCACGACCUUGUAAUUCUCAGUAUGCAGAAGGUUCACAGGCUUAUCAAGGUUUCUAAUAAGCCUAGCCUCAAGCAAGCCCGUCAACGAGGUGAAUUACCUGCCAAAUUUGAAGAUCUUCAGGAAGGAUUGAAGGUCACCGGGUUUGUAAAGAACAUUAUCGCAGAUGGCUUGUUUGUGGAAUUCCUGAGAGGGCUCACUGGAUUUCUUCCAAAGCGGCUCAUGGACGAUGACCAUGUCGCAAAACCCAAUUUCGGAUAUACCCUAUCUCAAACAAUCUCCUCAUUUGUACAUUCUAUCGAAGACGACCGCCAAAGAUUCAUUUUAUCGUUGAAGGAAAACCAAACUAGCAAGCAACAUGUGUCUGAUAAUGCACGUCCCGCCAGCAAUGCCAAUCAGUCAUCCAUCAACCCUGUUGAUGGGGAUAUCAAAUCUUUUGACGACCUGACUUUUGGCAGAAUUACCAAGGCCAAGAUCGUUUCUGUUAAAGAAACUCAGAUAAAUGUGCAGCUUGCCGACAAUAUUCAAGGCCGUAUCGAUGUAUCAGAAAUAUUUGAUGAAUGGGACGCUAUCAAAGACCGUAAACAGCCAUUGCGGUAUUUUAAGCCCAAACAGAUAAUUCCUGUUCGAAUCGUUGGCAUCCACGAUGCUCGCAGUCACAAAUUUUUGCCUAUCAGCCAUCGCAGUGGGAAAUACCCUGUUUACGAGCUUUCAGCAAAACCCAGCUCCCUAGAAUCAAAUGACAUUGAACUUCUAAGCCUUGAUAAAGUCGAAAUUGGAUCUUCAUGGCUAGGGUUCAUCAAUAAUAUCGGUGACGAUUGUCUAUGGGUAAAUAUCUCCCCGAAUGUGCGUGGAAGGCUUCGAAUCACCGACGUUUCAGACGACUUGUCACUUGUGGGGGAUGUAACGAAAAAUUUCCCUGUUGGGUCCGCAAUUAAGGUCCAUGUUACAGGCGUUAAUGUGGAUAAGAAUCGGCUUGACCUUUCUGCAAAACAUGGAGACCCUCCCAACAAGAGGACAAUAUCGGAUUUCUCGAAGGGUGAAAUUUUACUUGGACGAGUUACUAAAGUCAGUGAACGCCAGGUCCUUGUGCAGCUAAGCGACACAACAGUUGGUGCUAUCAAUUUGAUAGACAUGGCCGAUGACUAUACGAAAGUGAUUCCGGCUAAUUUUCACAAAAACGAGGUUCUUCGUGUUUGUAUUUUGGACGUUGACGUCCCUAACAAGAAGAUUCUGCUUUCUGUUCGACCUUCCAGGGUCCUUAGCUCAUCGUUACCCAUUGAAGAUCCGGAAAUAAAAUCGAUUAGCCAACUUAAGGUUAAUGACAUUGUUCGUGGAUUUGUCCGCAGAGUUGCAAAUAAUGGCCUUUUUGUUACUCUAGGUCACGAAGUUACAGCCUAUGUCCGAAUAUCGGAUCUUUCAGAUUCUUAUCUAAAAGAGUGGCAGCCUGAGUUCCAAGUCGACCAACUCGUUCGUGGAAGAAUAAUUUUUGUGGAUGCUGAAGCCAAUAAACUCCAGAUGAGUUUGAAGGAGUCGGUUCUUGAACCGAACUAUAAGGCGCCCAUCACGAUCAGGGACUUAAAUCGCGGACAGAUUGUAACCGGAAGAGUCCGCAGCGUCGAAGAAUUUGGAGCUUUCAUUGUGAUCGAUGGAACCGCUAAUCUUAGUGGACUCUGCCAUCGCACGGAGAUGGCGGAGCAAAAAGUGGAAGAUGCUCGAAAGCUCUUUGAGAAGGGUGACAUAGUCAAGGCUAAAAUUGUCAAGAUCGACCACGACAAGGAACGAAUAUCUUUGGGGCUGAAGGCCUCUUAUUUCAAAGAAAGCGAUGACAAAUCGGAUGGUGAAAACAGCGAAUAUGGGAAUGAACAAAGUGAUAGUGAAAGCGAGGAUGAUGGUGAAAUUGAGCUUGAAUUAGAAUCCGAUGAUGACGUUUCAAUGGGUGGAGUCGACUUGGGUGGUGGUGACGGUAGCGAGAGUAAUGUCAGCGACGAGGAUGUGCAGAUGGCAGGGACCGAAGAUACAGGUGUAACUGGAGGCUUGGUAACAUCUGGGUUUGACUGGAAUGGGAGUGGAACUACCGUCGUUGAUGAGGCCAAUGAUUCCUGUUCCAGCUCCGAUGGCCAAGCGGUUCCGAAGAAGAAGAAACGCCGGAAACCUGAGAUCCAGGUUGAUAGAACUGGUGAUCUUGACGCUCACGGUCCGCAAUCUAUAGCCGACUACGAGCGUUUAUUGCUAGGCGAACCCGAUUCGAGUUUGCUCUGGCUGAAAUACAUGGCCUUCCAACUUGAACUUAGUGAGGUGGAUAAGGCUCGUGAGAUUGCGGAACGAGCUCUUCGAUCAAUAAGGAUCGGCCAAGAUGCUGAAAAAUUCAAUAUCUGGAUCGCAAUGCUCAACCUAGAGAAUAUCUUUGGAAAUGACGACUCUCUUGAGGAUGUUUUCAAGCGCGCUUGUCAGUACAAUGACCCUCAAGAGAUCCAUGAGCGGAUGACUAGUAUAUACAUCCAGUCCGGGAAGAAUGAGAAAGCCGACGAGCUCUUCCAAACAACCCUCAAGAAAAAAUUCACCCAAUCGCCAAAUAUCUACAUCAACUAUGCCACCUUCCUCUUCGACACACUGUCUGACCCCCAACGAGGACGCGCACUUCUCCCGCGUGCUAUCCAAUCACUCCCAGCCCACACCCACGUCGACAUCACAUCCAAAUUCGGCCAGCUGGAAUUCCGAUCUCCAAAUGGAGACAUUGAACGUGGCCGAACGGUAUUCGAAGCUCUUCUCUCCUCGUUUCCCAAGCGUGUUGAUCUUUGGAAUGUGCUGCUUGAUCUGGAGAUUAGGAAUGGUGACGCGGAGCAGGUUAGAAGGCUGUUCGAAAGAGUUUUGGGCCUGGGGCAUGGCAUUGCUGCGGAUGGGACCGAAACUGGGCCCAAGAAGUUGAAGGAUAAACAAGCCAAAUUCUUUUUUAAGAAGUGGCUGGCGUUUGAGGAGAAGGUUGGUGGCGGGAAUGAGAAAAUGGUGGAUGAGGUUAAGGCGCGGGCUGCAGCGUAUGUGAGGGAUAUUAAGGGGGGGUAG